CGCCCAGGUCCGCGGUCGGCGGUCUCAUGGCCAAGCUCCGGCGGCACACCCUCGCACGGCCCCGGCUCAACCGCGUGCAACACCUCGACGACGACCACAGCCUCGUGCUGCUCGACACGGCGUCAUGCCCCGUCGACGGCGACCGCGACGCGCUACCCCCGAACGUGCUCGACGCGCUCGCGUCGCGCGGCGGGGACGAGGCGCCGACGCUGGUGACGCAUCGCGUGAUCCUCGGGUACGACGACCUCGACGCGGACGAGUGCCUCCGACGCGUCUUACCCCCGGACGUCACCGUGCCCACGGGGUUCGAGACCGCAGGGCGCAUCGCGCACCUCAACUUACGGGACGAGCACGAGCCGUGGAAGCGCGUCAUCGCCGCCGUGCUCAUCGAUAAGCUCCCGCAGAUCGAGACGGUGGUGAACAAGACGGGGGAGACGGGAGGACCGUUUCGGACCUUCACCAUGGAGGUUCUCGCGGGCGAAGGCGGGGACGGGCCGCUGGAGACGACGGUGAGCGAGAACGGUCUCGUGUACGCCAUGGACUUUCGCGGGAUGUACUGGAACAGCAGGCUCGGGACGGAGCGCGCGCGGCUGGUGGACUCCUUCGACGAAAACGACGUGGUCUUGGACCUGUGCUGCGGGGUGGGUCCCAUCGCGCUCCCGGCGUCCAAAAAGUGCCUCGCGGUGUACGCGAACGACCUCAACCCCGCGGCGGUGGCGUACCUGGGAAGGAACGCGAAACGGAACAAGGGCACGUCGCUGGCGGGCGUGACCAAUCUGGACGCCGGCGAGUGCCUCCGCGUGAGAAUCGCGGAAUUCGCGGCGGCGAAAAAGAAGGGCGGAUCGAACUUUGACGAGCGCGACUUGGCGAAGAUGAGGUUCACGCGGGUCGUGAUGAACCUGCCGCAGGGGUCGCUGACGCUCCUCCCGUGCUUCGUCGGCGCCUUCGACCGCGAGACGUGGCCCCCGGAGUUUUUGCCAAUCGUCCACGCGUACGCAUUCUCAAAGUCGGACGACCCGGAGUCAGACGCGGGCGCGCGAGCCGCGAAGGAGCUCGGGCUCGAGGAGGACGCGGCGGCGCUCGGGGACGGCGUCGGGUACAGGCGGGUGCGUCUGGUGGCGCCGGGGAAGCACAUGAUGCUGGUGAGUUUCAAGCUCCCGGAGCGGGCGGCGUACGCCGAGCGAUGAGAUACGUAGUAUUCGCGCGUGUGCGGGUGUGCUACCCGUGCCGGUCCCCAUUCAUCCACGAGGGCGGCGCCCCGUAACCU